AUGAGCAUCAUUAAUUCGAUUCGUCGAUUUUUAUUCCAUUUACCUGGCAAACGGUUUGGAUAUUACAGAGCUAUCCCGAUAUUCGUAAUUGCCGGUGCUGGUCUAGAGUAUUUGAUGAUCACUUGGCGUCCGUUCGGUGUCAACUUUUAUGAGGUAUAUAAACGUAAACAAGCCAAAGAAAUAGCUGCCAUUAGAUUAAACGAAUAA